AUGGGAGUGAGAGAAACUAGUUCUUUGGUUAGAAGUGGAUGCGGAGGAACACGUAAAGCGAAUUCUCGAGGUCUCGUCCUCUUCACCUUCGGCAUAAAAUUUAGUGUGUUAAUAACAACGAGAAGCGAGAAGGAAAAAUUGAGAAGAGGAAAAAGAAAAGGCAGAGUUGAAGAAACAUUGAAGGUGGUGGUGGAAGGAGUUGAAGGAGACAAACGGUUGCAGUUCUGUGCUCUAUUAUCUAUACAUGUAAUAGAAUCAGAUAUAAGUGUAUUAUCGACUGAAAACCCGUCAGAAAAAACCGAAUUAAAUGGACUAAAAUGGAAAUGUCUGACUACACCAAUAUCACGGCGAGCAUGGACAAGCUUAGAGCAGGAUCCUAUAUUAAGUGCAUAUGCAAAAUGCUUGCAAGCUGGAAUUCUAUGUGCUUGGAGACGACAGCCACCUCAACCAAGCGGAACUUUUGCUGCAAUGCAGUUGCCCGAUUAUCGAAUUGAUGUGAUAAAGGAGCUAUGGGUUUUUUGGUAUUCACAAGAGGAGCCAGAUUGUCUUGCGGAAUAUACCAGUCAUUUGGAGUGUAGGCCUUUUACGCUUUCUCAAUGUGCUGAAGAUGGCCAGGGGAAUUGGUCAAUACCUGGCAUACAGUAUGAAACGCGGACAUUAUUUUUUAAGGCACUACAUAAUCUUAUAGAACGCUACGUAAAUGGGAUCAGUUUCAAUUUUUUUGUACAUGGUGAAAAUAUUGUUUGUGCAACUCUUUCUGUUCAACGUCAGCCGACCUUAUUUCGUCUAUCUCGACGUCAUUUAGAUUUGAGUAAAAAACAACCAGUGAUAUUAGGCCCUUGGUCAAUGCGUGCCGUAUUAUUGCCGGAGCAACCACUGAUUGUAGAUUCAACUGCACAAAUGCGUUGUCAACCUUUUGUCCCUCAGUGCGGUAGCUUUUCAAGUACUUCAGCACCUUAUACAGGUAUUUGUCGUGAACCAUUAUCUUCUGUUGCUCAUGAGAUGAAUCUAGUACCGUGCUCAUCAGUCAAUUCAAGCACAGUUUGUAGUGGUCAGGAUAAUAUAGGAAUUAUUUCCAAAAUUGCUGUUGAUAAAUUAUGGUCCGAAUGGCUGCAAUUCUUCUGUUUAAUUGUCAAUGAUGAAAGAAAUUUAAGUUCUGCCGACACCGUUGGUUACGUUGGUUAUACUGAAAAUACAUCAUCAGUGAGAAGUAGUAUGCCAAAAAUGGUUUUGGUAGAUGUAGAUGGUGUUCAUAUGUGGUACCCAAGUUCCUUAAUUGUUGUCCAGGCCUCAGAUGACCUUCUAAUAAGACAGAGUGAUGAAAAUGAUAACGAUGAGAAGGCGGAAUUUUUCAACAGCAGCGUAAUUAAUAGUAGUUAUAAUACACGUACACCACCAGCUAGUGCAGGACAUACAAGGUUGAGGAGUACUCCAUCAUUUAGACGACGAAAAAAAAGGUCAAGCGAAUGUGAAGUAGGACCAGGUGGUGAACAGCAUAAUGUUAUGUAUGGGACACUAGUCAAUGGGGCACGAGCAGCGCAGAGAUUUUUCGAAGAAUCUUUCAUUGCUCCUACUACUAAUAAACGAAAAGAAAGUACAGAGUCACCUCCUUCUUCUGGUUUAGGUUUCUUGAUGUCAGCGGCAACCAGUGAUGAUGAUUGCCGUUAUAUAAAGUUAACUUCAAGUUGGAAUUUCACGGAUGGGAUUCGACGACGAGAUCGUGAAGAAAAUUGUGGUUGUCGUCAGUGUCAGAUACGAAAUUCUCACUUGCAGCAUUCUGUUGGGAUCGAUGACACGUCUGAUUUGUCAUCUCAGUGCGCAUCAUUACAGCAAGACGCAUGUCUUACCCGAGAACCUAAUCAGUUGGCCCAUACAGCUGUUAAUUUCGUUAGUGAUGGAACAACAAAUCUGGAAGAAAGGAAAAAAAAGACUAUAAUGUUUCAUCGUCGUUCGUCAUCAUUUGUUCGCUCUCCAUCACCUCCUCGAUCACCUCCUUGGGAACGGAAAAUUCUGGCAACUAGUUUGAGAACUGCAGAUGGAGGACGUAACCUUGAUUGGAUUCUUGAGAGUGAUUACCGUUGUUCGAUGACUGUUUCACGCUCUGGACGUUCAGAAUUGCUACAAGUCUGGCGCUGGAUCGCAUUUCGACACUCUGGCUGUAUUUGCUGUACUAAUCUUGCACUCAGAUUUGUUAUGCUCAUCGUUUUCACUCCGCCCUCGUAA